AUGGCGUCCUAUUUUUCAAUACCCCAAUCAAUUGCUUUUCGCGAUGACUCGUCAACAUAUUGCACCAAUGGAACUGACGGUUAUCCUUCUCUCGUCGAAUUCAACGCAAAGAUGGAGAAUUACGUGAAUCGAAAAAGGCGUACGGAACGGACCGCUAUUAGUCAAGCAGACUCGGAGCGUAUUCAAUAUCUACUUUCAAACCCAGAUGCGCUGCGCUCUGAACCUAGCGCGAGCUAUAAGACCUGGAUCAAAAAGACUUUUUGCUUGAAACCCACCCUUGCUGGAACCAUAGUUUGUCGCAAGGAGAAAGACCCACAAGAUGCCAGGCCGAUUGCCACUAAGGAAAUGAUGUAUUUUGUUCUCAAGCAUGCCCAUGCUGGUGAGGGACAUGGUGGAAGAGAUAAGACGGCGAAGAUUGUGAAGCAGUCGCACUCCUUUGUUCGAAAGGGUCUGAUAUGUUUAUUUCUUGAAUUGUGCCCAACAUGUCGAACACGAACUGAGGCUCUCAAAAAGGAAAAGCUCAACAAUGUCCAAACAGCACCCAAGUUUUCAAACAACAUCUUCAACCUAGCUGCAAGAUCACCCGUCUUACCGCAGGCGGUGGCUUAUCCAGUCAUCAAUCAACGCUAUUCGAUGCCCUCCAUUUUUACCCAACCCAUCGUACCUGAUAAUCAAGUCAGCACGUAUCCCAGCUUCCAGAAUCAUGAGAUGUCAUUGGCGCUUGCACAAGUCCCCGCAGCUCCUUUGACGUCUUAUGGAGUACCACCGCAAAGCUCAGCAGCGCUAUAUGACCUCCCCGACUCAUCAAUCCUGACAAACCUUCUCAUGGAACCAUAUCUCAUGACACCUAAUACCGCUUGUUCUUUUGGAGACUUUCAACUGCAAAAUCAACAACCUUAUCAUCAUGCCUCACUCCCUGAAGCUAACUUCAAUGGAAAUCUUCGACCUGUGCCUCGAGACUAUAAUCGCAUCACCUCGACACAGCCAAGCGAGCCGAUCAAAUUCUCCAAUCCAUUCGAAAUGAGCUCCAUGCCAUUGAAGUCCCAUGACUUCCAACCUUCAGUUGGCCAGAGCUUCCCUCAGGUCGACGCAUCGGCACCCUUCCUUGACCUCUUUGGACAUCUUACACCCAACAGCAUAUACUCGCCUAUGUCUCAGACUCCACCACCUCAAAUGGCUUCGCAAGACCUCCAACAUAUCGACAACUUUCUAUUCCCAACGACCAAUACAAAAGUCGGACGCUUUAAUAAUCGUCACUCAUGUUUUUAA